UCGAGAAGCAAUACCAGGUGAAGCAGAUACAAGUCAGAGGAGCUCACUCCUAAUAUCUUGUGCUGUGACUUGCUGUGAAGAUAAUUCUCACGUGUGACUGCUAUUGUUCCUGAUUGAAAGAAACGACGACCAUGAAAGCUCCAGCUAUUGGGAUUGACUUGGGUACCACCUACUCCUGUGUUGGCGUAUUCCAACAUGGGAAGGUGGAGAUCAUCGCCAACGACCAAGGCAACAGAACGACUCCAUCUUACGUUGCCUUCACGGAUACGGAAAGGCUAAUCGGUGAUGCUGCCAAAAAUCAAGCUGCCAUGAACCCAACGAAUACGGUAUUCGAUGCGAAACGUCUCAUCGGCCGAAAAUGGGAUGACGCCCCAGUUCAGCACGACAUGAAGCUCUGGCCGUUCACGGUGGUGAAGGGGAGUGGGGGGAAACCCCAGAUCCAAGUAGAAUUCAAGGGGGAGACGAAGAGAUUUUACCCGGAGGAGAUUUCUUCGAUGGUGUUGACCAAAAUGAAAGAGACUGCCGAGGCAUAUUUGGGUAAAAGCGUGAAACAGGCCGUGAUCACGGUUCCUGCCUACUUCAACGACUCCCAACGCCAGGCGACGAAAGACGCAGGCGUGAUCGCCGGACUGGAAGUGCUUCGAAUCAUCAACGAGCCCACGGCGGCUGCCCUGGCUUACGGACUGGAUAAGAACCUGAAAGGAGAGAGGAACGUGCUGAUCUUCGAUCUCGGAGGAGGGACCUUCGACGUGUCCAUCCUCGCCAUCGACGAAGGGUCCCUUUUCGAGGUGAAGUCCACGGCCGGAGACACCCACCUCGGGGGAGAAGAUUUCGAUAACCGCAUGGUGCAACAUUUCGUGGAGGAAUUCAAGAGGAAAUUCAAGAAAGACCUCAGCGGUAAUCCGAGGGCAGUGAGACGGUUGAGAACGGCGUGCGAACGAGCCAAGAGGACCCUGUCCAGCAGCACGGAGGCGAACAUCGAGAUCGACGCAUUGUACGAAGGAUUGGACUUCUACACGAAGAUGACGCGUGCUCGAUUCGAGGAACUUUGCAUGGAUCUGUUCCGAGGGACCCUCCAACCGGUGGAACAGGCUCUCCGAGAUGCGAAGAUGGACAAGGGAUCGAUCCACGACGUGGUCUUGGUCGGGGGAUCGACCCGAAUCCCGAAGAUCCAGAAACUGCUUCAGGAUUUCUUCAACGGGAAGAGUCUGAACAACAGCAUCAACCCGGACGAGGCCGUGGCUUAUGGUGCAGCCGUUCAAGCGGCCAUCCUCACCGGGGAUACCAGCUCCAACAUUCAAGACGUCCUUCUGGUGGACGUGGCUCCAUUGUCCCUGGGGAUCGAGACUGCAGGAGGGGUGAUGACGAAACUGAUCGAACGGAACACCCGAAUCCCGACCAAGACCUCCCAGACCUUCACCACGUAUUCCGACAACCAGCCUGGGGUCUCAAUCCAGGUGUACGAGGGAGAACGGGCCAUGACGAAGGACAAUAACCUUCUCGGUCGAUUCGAUCUCGACGGUAUCCCACCUGCUCCUCGAGGAGUACCCAAGAUCGAGGUCGCAUUCGACAUCGAUGCCAACGGAAUCUUGAACGUGUCGGCGAAAGACACUAGCACGGGGAAGAGCAGGAACAUCACCAUCAAGAACGACAAAGGUCGACUGAGCAAGGAAGAGAUCGAUUGGAUGUUGAACGAAGCCGAGAAAUACAAGGAUGAAGAUGACAAGCAGCGAGAGCGAAUCAGUUCUCGGAACCAGUUGGAGGGUUAUGUGUUCAGUGUGAAACAGGCGGCCGAGGAAGCCGGGGACAAGUUGUCGGAGAGCGACAAGAAGGAGUUGGCGAGCAAGUGUGAGGACGUGCUUCGCUGGGUGGACAACAAUCAGUUGGCGGACAAGGAUGAAUACGAACAUAAAUUGAAGGAUUUGCAGAAAGAUUGCACGCCAUUCAUGAUGAAGAUCCACCAGGCUCCAGGCGGUGGAUCCACUGGUGAAAAUCGAUCGAAAUCCGCCGCAACAAUGAAGGCUCCAGCGAUCGGCAUAGACUUGGGAACCACCUAUUCCUGUGUUGGCGUAUUCCAGCAUGGGAAGGUGGAGAUCAUCGCCAACGACCAAGGCAACAGAACGACUCCAUCAUACGUUGCCUUCACGGAUACUGAGAGGCUAAUCGGUGAUGCUGCCAAGAAUCAAGCUGCCAUGAACCCAACGAAUACGGUAUUCGAUGCGAAACGUCUCAUCGGCCGAAAAUGGGAUGACGCCCCAGUUCAGCACGACAUGAAGCUCUGGCCGUUCUCGGUGGUGAAGGGAACCGGAGGGAAACCCCAGAUCCAAGUAGAAUUCAAGGGGGAGACGAAGAGAUUUUACCCGGAGGAGAUUUCUUCGAUGGUGUUGACCAAAAUGAAAAAGACUGCCGAGGCAUAUUUGGGUGAAAGCGUGAAACAGGCCGUGAUCACUGUUCCUGCCUACUUCAACGACUCCCAACGCCAGGCGACGAAAGACGCAGGCGUGAUCGCCGGACUGGAAGUGCUUCGAAUCAUCAACGAGCCCACGGCGGCUGCCCUGGCUUACGGACUGGAUAAGAACCUGAAAGGAGAGAGGAACGUCCUGAUCUUCGACCUCGGAGGAGGGACCUUCGACGUGUCCAUCCUCGCCAUCGACGAAGGGUCCCUUUUCGAGGUGAAGUCCACGGCCGGAGACACCCACCUCGGGGGAGAAGAUUUCGAUAACCGCAUGGUGCAACAUUUCGUGGAGGAAUUCAAGAGGAAAUUCAAGAAAGACCUCAGCGGUAAUCCGAGGGCAGUGAGACGGUUGAGAACGGCGUGCGAACGAGCCAAGAGGACCCUGUCGAGCAGCACGGAGGCGAACAUCGAGAUCGACGCAUUGUACGAAGGAUUGGACUUCUAUACGAAGAUGACGCGUGCUCGAUUUGAGGAACUUUGCAUGGAUCUGUUCCGAGGGACCCUCCAACCGGUGGAACAGGCUCUCCGAGAUGCGAAGAUGGACAAGGGAUCGAUCCACGACGUGGUCUUGGUCGGGGGAUCGACCCGAAUCCCGAAGAUCCAGAAACUGCUUCAGGAUUUCUUUAACGGGAAGAGUCUGAACAAUAGCAUCAACCCGGACGAGGCCGUGGCUUAUGGUGCGGCUGUUCAAGCGGCCAUCCUCACCGGAGAUACCAGCUCCAACAUUCAAGACGUCCUCCUUGUGGACGUGGCUCCAUUGUCCCUGGGGAUCGAGACUGCAGGAGGGGUGAUGACGAAACUGAUCGAACGGAACACCCGAAUCCCGACCAAGACCUCCCAGACCUUCACCACGUAUUCCGACAAUCAGCCUGGGGUCUCAAUCCAGGUGUACGAAGGAGAACGGGCCAUGACGAAGGACAACAAUCUUCUCGGUCGAUUCGAACUCGACGGAAUCCCACCUGCCCCUCGAGGAGUACCCAAGAUCGAGGUCGCAUUCGAUAUCGAUGCCAAUGGAAUCUUGAACGUGUCGGCGAAAGACACCAGCACGGGAAAGAGCAGGAACAUCACCAUCAAGAACGACAAAGGUCGACUGAGCAAAGAAGAGAUCGAUCGGAUGGUGAACGAGGCCGAGAAAUACAAGGAUGAAGAUGACCAGCAGCGAGAACGAAUCAGCUCUCGGAACCAGUUGGAGAGUUACGUGUUCAGUGUGAAACAGGCAGCCCAGGGAGCCGGGGACAAGUUGUCGGAGAGCGACAAGAAACAGUUGACAAGCAAGUGCGACGACGUGCUGCGCUGGCUGGACAAUAAUAAUUUGGCGGACAAGGAGGAAUACGAGCACAAGUUGAAGGAUUUGCAGAAAGACUGCACGCCAUUCAUGAUGAAGAUCCACCAGGCUCCAGGAGCUGCAUCCCCUGGUGAGAAUCGAUCAAAAUCCGCCGGUGGGCCCACCAUUGAGGAAGUGGAU